AUGUCUCGUAGGAACUCCAUGACAUCCAAUGUCUCGAUAUCUACGAACCAGUCAUCCAACCUCAUAAGAAACACAUCGAUAGAACAUUUGAUGGGGAACGAAGACAAGUUUUCCAAGAAGGCCAUGAAACGGACCCCUACGCAGAUCACAAAUGGGAAGCAACCUAGGUCGGUAUCGCCUCCUAACAAUUCGCCCCCUAAGCCUGCCCAGGCUGCAACAUCGUCGCCAGGAGGAGGUUUCCACAAGCAGCAGGGGAUCUACUACUUCCCGAACGGAGAAGUGUUCCGUCCGAGAAACUCAAACGCCAACACUGGUCCGCCGAAGAAGAAAGUUGUGCAAGUUAACGGAGAUAUCAUUGCUCCAAAGAUCCCAGCAUUGAACCUGAUCAAGUCAAGCAAGGUUGGAAAGCUCAACUUGAGCACAAAGAGUAGUUUCAGCGAAAUACAGGGAGCUAUCAACAGUAACAGUCCGGCUAGUAAAGCUAGCACUCCGUCGCCAUCUUCAAAUGUUGGUAACAAUGCGCCAGAUGGCAUACUUACUGUGUCGAACAAUGCCACCAACAGCCCAUCUGCUACACUUCCCAGAUCACUGUCGAUGACAUCCUUUACUUCAUCUCCCUCCUUCUUGACAAAGUCGAAUUCCGUGAACAACAUGAAAAAGAUUAACUUGGUCCAGUCCAUUCGGGCAAGCACAAUAGACACUCCAACGAAUAUUAGCAUUGAAUCGCCCGCAAACAACAACGGUAGUAAUAAUACCUCACCUACAAGGGUGAUAUAUCAAUCCACCAACAUUGUCAGAUCGCUGUCAAUGAUUUCAUUUGAAGACCAUAACAACAAUAGUGCCAGCGGCGCUGGAAAUGCUACUACGAGCAGCAGUCAUGGUUCUAAUGGACACAGCAAUUCAGACUCGAACCCCUCAUCUUUAUCAAAUUACAACUUGAACAGAUCGUUGUCUAAUACUCCUACAACAUCGAUUAAUAAUAGCAUUGAUGAAACGAACAACACCACUGUUAAUACAAGUGCAAACAUAACCAGUUCUAAAAUUGAAAGUAUAGACGAAACUGUGGAACCUGCAAAGACAAUUCAUUCCAUCCCAAUAACAGUCCCAGUUUCGAAGUCAGGGGCAACUGUUGAUCUAGUUGAUUCCCCUGUUAAACCAUUGAAGCUUGAAAAGGCAGAUAAGUCUGAUACUGUCUUAGACGAACCUAUAGAACCACUUUCAUUCGAGAGAGUUCUUGAACCAGCUCUCGAGAAGGUUGUAGAAAAGCCUGCUGAGCAGGCUAAACAGCAACCUGAACUUGAAGAAGCAAUCACGCCUAAAAACUUGGCUACUCCAGAAGUAGAGGUUCCAGUAACAUCUGAAGUUACAAUUGAGUCUGAAGAACCGCUUAAAAUCAUGCAUAAAGAAUUGGCAGAAGUUAAAUCCACCCUUGUUAACUAUGAAAAUGCUGCUGAAUCAGAGGAGCUGCAUCAAAUUGUGGGUUCGUCAUCAUCACUUCCUAAAUCUGACGAAUGCAAAGAAAACUCCUCAAAAAUUUCCCAAUUUGAAAUUCCCGAAGCAAUUAUACGAAGUCCUGUAGAACAGGUGAAAUCAAGCGACGAGCAAACUAAUAUACUCGAAAAAGAGGGAGAUCAAAAUGGAGAAAAAGUUUCAGUUCCAAUUACAGUAGAACCUGUCGAGGAAGCUACUCCUUCUGUUGUUGCUCAAUUGACAUUGGCUGUAGAAGAUCCCAUUGACAAUGUGGAAGCUCCCGUUAAAAGUAUAAAAACAGAGCUUCCUGCUCUGGAGAUUCCCGUUGUGGAUGAAUAUUCUUCAGUCAGCCCUAAACCAGUUGAACUGAACUCGGGGGCUAAAAAUGAACCAACUUUACAUGUGGAUGAACCUUUGAAGCAACUGCCGAAAUUUGAAGGAAAUUCGAAUGAAAUUGAAGAAACAAAGGUGGCUAUUGAAGAGCCAGAAGCUGUACUGCCAAUAACUACAACAAAAGGACCAGAUUUGUUGGUAGAUUCAACUCCUGCACUUCCAGAGGAAGAACAUCCUGAAGUUAUUGUUGAUCCUAUCGUAAGUGAACAAGAGAAGUCAGAUGUGGAACCCGCAGAGGAAGCUGUUACAGAACUGCUUCCAGAGAAAAGGGAAGAUGAAGCCAUAGUGCCAGUUCAAAAGGAAUUAGAUGUACCUACUGUCGGACCAAGUUUAUCCGCAGCAAGCCUUGAACAAUCGCAAAAUCAAGCAUCUACUCUCCAAGCAGCUUCUACAGAGAAGUCUCCAGAAAAAUCACCUCAACUGCGUCAAUCUACUUACGACACUUCAGAUGAAGACCUUGAAUAUACGACACCUUCCAAUUCUCCUCCAAGGCCAAAUAGGCAACUUGGCCAAGAACACCAAGAUCAUUACGUGGACUACCAAAAGGGGCGUGCUUUUGAGAAGUUGUUGAACGAUGAACAAAACGAAGUACCUCCAAGAGGAGAUUUGGCAGUGUUAUCCAAUACUGUAAGGAAGCAUGAAAGAAAUUCUUCCUCCUUGUCAUCUUUUAAUGACAUUAUCGAAGACAAAGGAGCCAAUAACAGUAAUAAUUCAAAUAAUAAUGACGAAAGUAGUGAGGUGGAGACUAUUAGGCAUGAAGCGAGAGAUGAAGAGUCUACUUUGGCAGUAGUUCUGAAUGAAAAUGAAACAUUACCGGUUGCAGAAAGUUCUCCAAUUUCCAAAAUUGGAAAUGCAGAAAAAGGACAACAGAAGAAAGCUCCGGAAUCAGAAGAAAAUGUACCCGAGCACCUUAUUCAUUUGCGAUCAUUUGCAAGUAGAACUGAUCCUAAUCAUUUUAGACUUUCCACUGUUAGUGAUAGAUUUGAAGGUUUUCCGGUUGAUCCAAUGUCCAAUCAUGACAGACCAAGUUCGAUCAUCACGCAAAGUAGAUUAUCUAAAAUUGAAACACCUGUUCCAUCUCCAAACAUCGAUGCAUUUACAAUUGAACUGUCUCCAAGUAAAAGAGAUAUGAAAGGGGAUAGAUCUAUAUCUCCAAUUGAUGAAGAAUAUAUGCACUCAGAUUCAAUAAAAGGAAAUGAGAAAUUGAAAGGUCAAAGUCUUCGUUACAGUUCAAGUUUGAAUAAAAACCUCGUUCUUCCCCUGCCUAUCGCCGAAGAGCUGGCUCUGGCAUUGGUGCUGCCUGCGUCUCUGAAAUCUUCAUCUAAUAAGAAACUUAGAAGGAAGGCUAAAAACAACUUAAAAAAGUCAACUGCGAAAGUCGAACCUCCACUGAUCCAAGUCACAAAUCCGAAUGUGAACAAUAGGAACAACAUUUACAAUAAUAAGCCUCAUCCUCAAUUACCAAACACGGAAUCAUUCCUAGCUUUUGAUCGCCCUGUCAUUUUCAACUCUGAUAACACCAUGUCUGGAGAAAGUUCACCAUUUGCUCCUUCGUUCGCUACAGCAAAAACUUCAUUUGCAAGCACAUCAGCUCUAAAUUUGAAUGAAUUUCAUCCCCCAAAUAGUUCAAAUGCAAAAGCUACAUCCCCAAUUUCUAUAAGUACACCUUCGUUUACAACAGCCCAAGGUUCAGUAUAUGGUGUCAACAGAUUCAGUCUGUCUGCAUUUACACUCAAUUCAUCUGCUGCAUCAAUUGCACCAUCAAUCGGUACAAUUAAUUUGGCUAGUGCGGCCGCAUCUAUACGAGCAAUACCCCCAACUUCUCCCCUGGAUGGCCACCAAUAUUACGAUGAUUUGGAAACUGAAAUCAUUGAAGAGCUGGAUGAUGAUGAUGAAGAUGGUAUUGAAACUGUUGAUGAUAUUGAUGAUUCAAAUAGUGUUGAUGACGGUGAUGAUGGUAAUAGUAUUGAUGUGCAUGAUGGACAAGCAAGUGUAGUAGAAGAAGAAAUAGAAGAAAGACCAUUAACUUCAAUCGAGAAGGAGCAGGUUAAACAAAAGGAAGAAGUUUCUACACCCACACUGCAAACAGUGCGCUCAAUGCUAGCACCUCUUGAAUUAGGUAAAAGUUUUGUUUUGGCACCUCCAUCAAAGUUUAAACCUACUCCUCCAACUCCUCCUACUCCUCCGGUAAAAUCUUUGCUCAAUGAAUCAGUUUUGGGUUCGCCAGUAGCAAUGAAGUCUCUUAUAAGUGAUGGUUUACCUUCUCCAACGGUCAAAUCAACUGCAAGUGAUGCGUUACCAACAUUAAGCGUACUCACUCAGGAACAGAAGAAUGUACAAGAAAUCAAAGCCCCUAAGAAAGAUGUUGAAAAUAACUCAAUAUCUUCUGUGCCUCCAACUCCCCCUCAAAAAUCUCCACCAAGACCAAAAGGUCCAAAAGGAAGAACAUAUUCAUCAUCUCGUAUUCAACGUCCUGCUCAACCACUUAAAUCGAUGUUAGAUGUUGAAGACCCAGCUGAGUCAGGUGAAUCUCCUAAAAAGGAGACAGGCGCUGAUUCCACCCAACCACCAUCUGCGGUGAAUUUUGGUUCCAAAUCUGACAAUCUUAAGCAACAAGCGGCCCACAAAUUGAAUAAAGCCAAAUCGACGCCAAACUUGAAGAAAGCUAUUUCUUCUUCUAAUAUUAGAGCACUUGCCAAUAACACAAGUUUUGGUAGCAACAAUAAUACGAGCUUAGAAGAAAGCGGCAAGCCAGGAUUGAAAAGAUUUUUCAAGAAAAUGUUUACUGUUAAGCCAAGUGAACUGGGUCACCCUAUUGCUACUGAAGUCUCGAUUAAUACCAGCUGCAAUAGCUCAUUUGUCAGUGGUAAUUCUGCUGGAGGUGUGAGUAUGGAUAGUUUGCUUAGACAUGCAGAUUCCAAUUAUAUUGCGGCAUAUAAGAAUGACAAUGCAGGAUUCCCCUUCGAAAAGAUGAAUCAUAGCACUCAUGAUUUCCUGAAGCAACAAAUGCUGCUGCUGCAAACGAAGCAACCACCGUCAAUGAAAGUGAGACUGAGACUGAAGUCAAGACUGGAUGUUGAUUUAUCGUCCAGAAGAGCAAAUCAUGAAACGGAGGUGAAGGAAGAAGUGGAAGAAGUAGCAAAGGACAGUGGAGAACAAGAGCAACUGGGAAGUACAGUUGAAAGCGUGGCCCCUACUCCUCCUCCAAAGAAUUCUUAUACCGGAAAUGAUUCUUUAUUUAUGGAAUUUGGAUUGCCAACAUUGGAAAAGGACGUUGACAUGUUCUCGGACAUGUUGACCAGUUUCGAUGAAAGAUUUAAACGUAAUAGUCUAUUCUCUAAGUCUGACAAGACUCCAUUCUUACAAGAUGAUGAAUUGACUCAAGAACAAAUUGAAGAUCAGCAGAUUAAAGAUCAAGAUGGAUAUUCUAAAGAGGGCAGUUCCACUGAAGAAUUGCCAACUCCUCCUCCAAAAGAUCAUAUGCGUACUAAUCUGGAUGAACUUUAUGUUGAUGAUAACAUUUUGUUCUUACAGAAUGAGGUAAUUUGGAUUGACGAUAUGAAAUCCAUUGCUGGAAGUAUUGUUAAGCGUCGUGCAAGUGCAAAACCUAAGAGAAACGUCAACAAGGAAGUAACGGGCAGUUCUCUUGGACAUACAGUCACCACAGCUCAAGAUGAGGAAGAUAGUGGAAGCGGCAGUAGUAGUGAUGAUAUUCUUGAUACUAUUCUUGACAACGGAGAUGAAUAUAUUGAUGUCAUUUACAAUGAUGAAAAUGGUCGUCAAUAUUCCAUCAGACGUAACAGAACUUAUCAUGAAUCUAGUUUCUAUUUAUUUCCAGAUGAUGAAACUGAAACUAUUGUCAUUGACAAUGAGCAACUCACCAAUCUUUUCAAUAAUCUUUCAGAAUCUCAAAGGAGACAGUUACCCAUGCACCUAAAGUAUAUUAAGCAAUUCCAAGAUUAUGAAAAUUUGGAAAUCACUAUCAAAACAGGAAGGAAGAGGAUCGUCAAGGGGCAACAGCCUGCUAAGCCGUCGCUUAAGAGAUUCCAGUAUCCUCCUAAUGUGAAGAGAAAGAACGUUGCAUUCGGAAAUAAGAUUUAUGUAAAUGAAACGUACGCUCCAGAAAUGUAUAAGAGAUACAAUAAACUGGUUACUCAGUACACCAUUUCUGAACCUAACGAGAUCAACAAGAUCAAGACGGAAUUGAAUCAGUAUAAGUGUAAUGAGAUGUUGGUGCAUGAACAGAGUCAAAAUAAUACUCACUUUUUCUAUUAA